AUGCGGGUCUCGUCGAUAGCGCGUGCUACGCCGCGACUGCGCCUGGCCAUCGUCGGCGCCGGUCCGUCGGGGUUCUACGCCGCCUCGAGGAUCCUCAACGCCUUUCCUGCCAGCCAGCAGUCGAGAGGUACCGACGAGGUCCGCGUCGACGUCUUUGACCGUCUCCCUACCCCUCACGGUUUGGUCAGGUACGGCGUGGCCCCGGAUCAUCCGGACGUCAAGAACGUAGAGCACAAGUUUGAGCAGGUCGCGCAGGAUCCGAGGCUCAGCUUCUUUGGCAACGUCAACGUCGUCCAGUCGCCGUCGGCGGCAGCAGACAGCGCGAGGUCGCCGUACCCACAUGCCAUCCAGCUGCCUCUGUCUGUGCUGAGCACGUUCUACACCCACAUACUCUUCUCGUACGGCGCCUCUCAGGGCCGACCCCUCGGCAUUCCCGGAUCCGCUCCUGGCGAGCUCUCGGGCGUGCACUCGGCGCUCGACUUUGUCAACUGGUACAAUGGACAUCCCGCCGCCCACGAUCCUCGCAUCCUGCAAGCGCAGCGCGGGAGAUCCACGCUCGGCGUCGAUGUCGCAGGCGACAAGCGGCAUCUCACCGUCGUCGGCGCGGGAAACGUUGCCCUCGAUGUGGCUCGGAUCGUCCUCCGAUCAUCGACGCCCUUCCUGGAGCCUUCCGGCACGGCUUCUCGCCCGACGUCGGUAAAGGCCCCUGGUCUCGCAUCGUUGGCCGAGACGGAUGUGCCCGAACCGGUGCUGGCGCAGCUGGCCUCUUCCAAGAUCUCACAGGUCGAGCUGGUGGCACGUCGAGGUCCUGCACAGCUAGCGUUCACCAACAAGGAGCUGCGAGAGAUGAUGGCCUUGGAAGGUGUCGCGUUUGCUGGCGUCGACAAGUCACUUCUCGGCGAGGCGCUGCGCUCGAUUGAGAAGACGGGCAAGGAGCUCGAGGAGCAGAUCAAGUCUGGAGAAAGGGACGCCAACGAAGCGUCGACAUCGCUGGGCGAGGUGCGAGUCAAAAAGCGGCUGAUCUCGCUGCUCGAGAAGGGCAGCAAGACCAGGCUCUCCCCCUCGGCGACAGGGACGAGCAAGACAUGGGGCAUCAACUUCUUCCGCAGCCCCGCCGAGUUCCUGUCGAGGAAGGACGGCAAGCGUUCGCCCGAGGGCUUGCCUGCUGUGGGAGAAGCCGUGUGGAACGUCACGUCCCUCUCGUCGAAGGCCUCGUCUCCAGUGUCGCCGGCACCGCAGCCAAACGAACCGCCGAGCCCGUCUGCGAGGACAGAAGCGUGGGGUAACCAACCUGGAAAGGCUUACGCCGCCCCGCCACCCGGUGCUGAGGGCACGGUGACGAAUGCCCCGCCCGGCUUGCGAUCGACCGGAGAGAUUGUCAACACACCGACGGACAUGAUUGUCUCGAGCGUCGGCUACCGCAGCGAGCCCCUCUGGCAAGAGUCAGGCGCGGGGACCGUCACGCCGAUACCGACUCAGGCGCCGCAGGCCUCUGCCGCGGUGCGGCCGUUACAGCAACUGCCGUUCGACCUCAAAAGGUCGCUCGUGCCCAACGAGAGGGGAAGGGUCACCGACCUCGCCGGCAACAUUAUCCCUGGAGUCUACGUGAGCGGAUGGCUGGCCCGAGGACCGGUUGGGGUGAUCGCGUCGACCAUGAUGGACGCCUACACCGUGGCCGACACCAUCCUGCACGACUACAACAGCGGCGCGGCCAACAACGGCGGAGGCGAGGAGGGCCUCGAGUCGAGGCUCGCCAAGGAAUCGAAGCGCGUGGUCAGCUUUGCCGACUGGAAGCGGCUGGACGAGGAAGAGAUCCGCAGAGGAAAGGAGCUGGGCAAGAUCCGCGAGAAGAUCCUGACCGUCGACGAGAUGCUCGAGGUCAUCUCAUAG